AACGAUUUCUCAUUUACCUUGGAAAUUACAAUGGUUCGCGUAGGUGUCGAAAUGGAUGGCUGCUGAAUCGAUGGACAGCUUAGCGAUGGAUGCAGCGUUAAAUCGAAGAAUGGAUGCGACAAUCGCUAUUUCUCCCCCAAAACGCGGUCCUUGGACAGUGAGCCCGAAAUUCGAGACAAUUGCAAUGAGGGGCAUGCUGCUGAGGGAGAAAUGCGCUGGUCCACAUUCCAGAUUGGCCCAAAGGGGCCGCCGGACAAUGAAUGCGGGUUGUAACAGGACAUAUUUGCAGCAGAGACUAAACACGCCCAAUUCCGGACACUAUGCUGCCCGUGCGUACCUUUUCCACUCAAUGUAGCUCCACGAGUACCAGGUUAUCGGCCGCAGACUGCCUACCGAGCAGGAGCCCACUCCUAAGCUCUUCCGCAUGCGCAUCUUCGCUCCCAACGAGGUUGUUGCCAAGUCCCGCUACUGGUACUUCCUGUCGAAGCUGCACAAGGCUAAGCGCGCCAACGGUGAGAUCGUGUCGAUCAACGAGAUCUUCGAGGAGAAGCCCCUGGUCGUCAAGAACUACGGCAUCUGGCUCCGCUACGACUCGCGCUCGGGUACCCACAACAUGUACAAGGAGUUCCGUGAGACCUCGCGCGCUGCCGCCGUCGAGUCCUGCUACCAGGACAUGGCUGCCCGCCACCGCGCUCGCUUCAGCUCGGUCCAGAUCAUCCGUGUCGCCACCGUCAAGGCCUCGGAGGUCCGCCGCCCGUACAUUAGCCAGCUGGUCAGCCGCAGCCUCAAGUUCCCGCUGCCCCACCGCGUCCAGCGCCCUGCCAGCAAGGCCGACCGCUCGCUCCUGAUCGCUCAGCGCCCCUCGACUUUCUACUAAACAGGUAUAGGGUCCCAAGAAAGUUUCUGCAAUGCAAUGCUGUUUUAUUACCAAAUAAAAUGAAACCCGUACGCGCAGAGUCUACGAUAGGAGCCGAGUAUGACAUAAGUGGCAUGGGUCUAUCGCCUCUGCAACUCUAUCCUACCAUAUGGAUGGUCUAGCACUGGCGUGGCCGUAGCUUUUCGAAAAGCAGUUCAGCUUUCCUGCGACACCAAGUGCCAGACCCAAGAGCAACGGCCGUGGCUAUUAAAAGGUAAAAUCGUGCAUUUUCCCUCAUGCUCAUAGA